AUGAAUCCUCAACAGCAAAAUCCAGUAGAUCCAGACCACCCACAACUCCCGACAAUCAAGGUCCACCACCACCACUCUCACCCACCCGCCGCCACUCCUACCCCCACCUCCGGCACUCGCCGCAAGAUUGGUGUCGCUGUCGACCUCUCCGAUGAAUCUGCUUACGCUGUCCGCUGGGCUGUAAACAACUACAUCCGUCCUGGCGAUGCCGUCAUCCUCCUCCACGUCAGCCCCACCUCCGUCCUCUUCGGCGCUGACUGGGGCCCGCUCCCACUCUCCACUCCCACGCAAUCGCAACUCGAUCUUUUGAACAAUAACAGCAAAUUUAAUCACGAAAUUGAUUGUAAAAAUGAGAAUAGAGAAAAUCUACAGCUACAGCAAGACGAAGAUUUCGACGCUUUCACUGCCUCGAAGGCGGCGGAUCUUGCGAGGCCUUUGAAGGAAGCGCAGAUUCCUUUUAAGAUUCAUAUCGUGAAAGAUCAUGAUAUGAAGGAGAGGUUGUGCUUGGAAGUUGAGAGGUUGGGGUUGAGUGCGGUUAUUAUGGGGAGUAGAGGGUUCGGUGCGGCCAAAAGAGGGAGCGAUGAGAGAUUGGGUAGUGUGAGUGAUUAUUGUGUUCAUCAUUGCUUUUGUCCUGUCGUUGUUGUUAGAUAUCCUGAGGAUAAGGAUGGUGGUGGGGCUGAGCCGGAGGCAGUUGUUAAUGUGCCGGAGGAUGUGGAGGCCGCCGAGGGAAAACUUAAAGGAGGAUUAGGUUGUGGAGCAAUUUUCCUUGAUUCGGAUGCAGUGAGUGUUGUUGCAACUAUGGGAGGAGCCAGUCUAGCUGUCAGUGGUCUAAUACUUAUUUUACCAAUACAGAAGAGUUUCUGUUCAAGAAACGAUUUGCUUAGACUGGAUGCUGAUGGUUGA